CAUGACGGAUUUCAGAAGAAAAUAAUACAAAAGGAGGAUGAUGAAGAUGAUGAUGAUUUCUUCUGUGAAGUCACUUUAAUCCCUCCAGAACUUGUUGCUUCUGUGGAACUGCUCUUCUCAGAGGACCAACAGUGUGGAGGUUUCCAGAUGAAGCCUGUGAAGAAGGAAGAACCUGAAGAUACAGAUGAACCCAAACUGAACAAGGAUUUCUGCUGCUCCUCGUGUCCACGUUCCUCUACAACCCAAAAUCAGCUCCACAAUCACAUCAAGAGCUGCAACCAUGUUAAAUAUGAGAGUCUGGUGAAGAUUAAGACUGAACAUGAGGAUCUGACGCCCACCAGAAGCUCCAGUAAUCAGCAAACGUCCUCUGGUACUGUCAGCAUUAACACGUCUCUCAGUCACACACAGAGAGAAGGAAACGUCUGCUCACAGUGUGGGAAGAGCUUCAGUACCCGGGGUACUCUCAAAAUACACCAGCGCAUUCACACUGGAGAGAAACCAUAUCAGUGCUCACAGUGUGGGAAGAAUUUUAAUCAACAGAGUCAUUUUAAAAGACACCAGCGCAUUCACACUAGAGAAAAACCAUAUCAGUGCUUACAGUGUGAGAAGAGUUUUAAUCAACAGAGUAAUCUCAAAAUACACCAGCACAUUCACACUGAAGAGAAACCGUAUCAGUGCUCACAGUGUGAGAAGAGUUUUAAUCAACAGAGUAAUCUCAAAAUACACCAGCGCAUUCACACUGGAGAGAAACCAUAUCAGUGCUCACAGUGUGGAAAGAGUUUUAAUCAUCAGAGUACUCUCAAAAGACACCAGCGCAUUCACACUGGAGAGAAACCAUAUCAGUGCUCACAGUGUGAGAAGAGUUUCAAUGGACAGAGUACUCUCAAAAGACACCAGCGCAUUCACACUGGAGAGAAAUCAUAUCAGUGCUCACAGUGUGGAAAGAGUUUUAAUCAUCAGAGUACUCUCAAAAGACACCAGCGCAUUCACACUGGAGAGAAACCAUAUCAGUGCUUACAGUGUGGGAAGAGUUUUAAUGAACAGAGUCAUUUUAAAAGACACCAGCGCAUUCACACUGGAGAGAAACCAUAUCAGUGCUUACAGUGUGGGAAGAGUUUUAAUCAACUGAGUCAUUUUAAAAGACACCAGCGCAUUCACACUGGAGAAAAACCGUAUCAGUGCUCACAGUGUGUGAAAAGUUUUAAUACACAGAGUGAUCUCAAAAUACACCAGCGCAUUCACACUGAAGAGAAACCGUAUCAGUGCUCACAGUGUGAAAAGAGUUUCAAUGGACAGAGUGAUCUGAAAAGACACCAGCGCAUUCACAUUGGAGAGAAACCAUAUCAGUGCUCACAGAGUGGAAGGAGUUUUAAUCAUCAGAGUACUCUCAAAAGACACCAGCGCAUUCACACUGGAGAGAAACCAUAGCAUUGCUCUUAGUGUGGGAAGAGUUUUAUUACACAAAAUAAUCUUAAAACGUAUCUGAUUGUAAAAGUGAACUUUUAAUAUCACUAACAUAAUAACAGAACAAAAUCUAAAUACUGAUUAUAUAGAUUAAACAGCUUUAAUACACAGAAAUCAAUACAUGUGAUUUAAACAUGCAGUACAAAUGUUCUUUAGCUUUGUGUUCAGGAUAUUGGUAUAACAUCAUUCUUAACACUACAUCUCC